AUGCCUCACUUAUACAGACACUUGCGAGUUAAUCAGAUAUUUGGCGCUAACACCGACGUUGGCAAGACUCUCAUCACAACUGCUCUUGUCUUGGCAGAAUCGCAGCGAACGAAGAACAACAUCUUCUAUUUGAAACCUGUCAGUACUGGUCCUGCUGCUGAUCAAGACGACGCUUUUCUCCAGCGCUUCUCUAAUAACGACAGAAUACACAACCACACUCUCUUUCGCUACAGUGAUCCCGUCUCUCCUCACUUAGCCGUUAGCAGAGAAUCCGCAACCCAAAAACCUCCGUCCGAUAAGGAUUUUGCAACCUCAAUUGGAAACUACAUUAGCAGCAAAGCCAGUCUAAACAACUCUCACUCUCUUUACGUCGAAACUGCGGGUGGCGUACACUCUCCAACUUUAACUGGAACCAGCCAAGCUGAUGCUUACAGGUCAUUGCUUCUCCCUACCAUCCUCAUAGCCUCGUCGCAUUUGGGCGGAAUCAGCACUACUUUAGCUGCCUAUGAGAGUCUGCAUAUGCGAGGCUAUAGCGUAGAAGCGAUCCUUGUAUUUAGGGAGGAGUACUACGCCAACUACCAAUACCUCAGUGAUUGGGGACGGGAGAGAGGCGUGCAUGUCGCAGUGAUAGAUCAACCACCGUCCAAAGACAGCAAUGCAUUAAAUGACCAGGAAGCACUCCAAGCAUAUUUCAGCAGUCUGUCUAACGGCGACGGUGCAGUGUUGAGCACACUCGACGAACUCGACACACGCCACAAGAAGCGCAUUGAGGAAAUCAAGACAAUGCCACAACGCACACUAGACAGUAUUUGGUAUCCGUUUGCUCAACACUCCCACAUCAAAUCCGCUGAGCAGAUCGGCGUUAUCGACAGCGCACAUGCUGACCACUUCGAUGUUCACAGACCAGCGUCUGCGUCUCAGGAUCUACUACAACAAGAUUUCGACGGAAGUGCUUCUUGGUGGACGCAGACACUCGGCCACGGUAACGUUACACUCGCUCUGGCUGCUGCACAUGCAGCUGGUCGGUACGGUCAUGUGCUUUUACCUGGACACACGCACAAACCUGUACUGGAACUUUGCGAAAAACUCCUCAAAGGCCCGGGUAGCGGGUGGGCUAACAAGGCUUUCGUUACUGAUAACGGUAGUACCGCUAUGGAGGUAGCCCUUAAAAUAGCCCUCCGAGCUUGCUCGAAGAAGUAUGGUGCUGCGAAUAGAGGCGUGCUCGGAUUGAGCGGUAGCUACCACGGUGACACUAUCGGUAGUAUGGAUGCUUCUGAGCCAUCUGUAUACAAUAACGCAGUCGAAUGGUAUUCCCCAAGAGGCGGUUUCUGGUUUGAUUCACCGCUCAUCAAGUACAAGAGUGGAGAGAUAGUUCUGAAGGGCGCAGUAAGUAUGGGCGUACCAAAGGGUGCUGCUGUUGAUGGCGAUUAUUGGGAGAUGGCUAUCUCUGACUCUAUCGCUGGUGCUUAUGGCGUAGAGGAGCGUUUAAAAACGACUCUGACUGUUUUUUACAGAGAUUCCAUUCAAAACACUCUCGAAAGGCUCGUCGAAGAAGGCAGACACUUCGGUGCACUCGUCAUGGAACCACUUGUUAUGGGCGCAGGAGGUAUGCUCUGUGUUGAUCCGCUGUUUCAGCGUGUACUCGUUGAUACAGUGCGUGACAACGAAGAGCUAUUCGCCAACCAAGCUGGCGAUGCAUACGUUCAAGGACAGGACUGGCAGGGAUUACCGGUUGUUUUCGACGAGGUGUUUGCGGGUCUAUACAGACUCGGCCAGCAAACUCCGUUGUCUAUAAUCGGCACCCACCCAGAUGUAUCCGCUUAUGCCAAGAUAUUGUCUGGCGGGAUUGUACCGCUUUCUACAACAUUGGCAAGACAGAGUCUGUUCGACAACUUUUUAGGGGAGGAGAAGAAAGAAGCGCUGUUACACGGCCACUCAUAUACCGCCCAUCCUAUUGGGUGCGCUGUUGCGAAUGCGUCGUUGGAUGAGAUAAACAAGUUAGCAGAGAGUGAUGAAUGGCAUGCAUCGAGAGUUGCAUGGGGCAGUAAUACCGAGAGCGGUGCUUGGAGCUUAUGGACCCCUGAGGCUGUGGAAGUGCUAUCACACCUCAACAACGUCGAUGGCGUCGUCGCUUUGGGUAGCGUGUUGAUAAUACAUCUCAAGUCAUCAGGCAAAGGAUAUGAGAGUUCAGAAGGACAGCGUUUUCUGGCGUCGCUGGCUAGCGAAGGUAUCCACUCCAGACCUCUUGGUGAUACGGUCUACUUUAUGGCCAGCUUGAACACAUCCAAGGAGGCGAUAGAGGAUAUCCAAAACAAAUGCAUUGUAGUUUACGCUGUCAACAGACACUCGAAAUACCAGCUUGCACUGGCUGCGAAUAGAGACGAGUGGCUUGAAAGGCCUACACAGCCAGCGAGAGUGCACAACUUCGGUGAUGAUUCCAAGGAGGAGUGUAUAUCCGGGAUUGAUCUGCUAAUGCAGGGUACUUGGAUUGGAGUGAGCAAGUCGGGCAAAAUAGCAGCGCUCACAAAUUACUUUGAACCGCUCCCGAAAGACGGAAAAUUGCUCAAGUCAAGGGGAGCGAUAACGCGAGACUGUCUCCAGAGCGGCAGAAGCAUUGAAGACGAUCUCGAAGAGGUUUCAAAAAUCAAAGACGAAGUGGGGCCGUUUAACCUGUUACUCAUUCAGGCCGAAAAGGGGAACGUGCGCUACGGCUACGCCACAAACAGAUCGAUAUCGACAAACUACCACGGAAUGUUUAGCGAGGACAUUGGAGGCAUGUCGAAUGGAUAUGUAGACGCCAACGACGAGAUAGCCUCACAGUCAGAGUGGCACAAAGUAAAGCGCGGCAAAGAAGACCUCGACAAGUCAAUUGAGCGCGAUAUGCAAGAGACGGAGCUACUCGAUACACUCGAGAAUGCUAUCUCCAAUGAGGUACACCCAAUGCAGACAAGACAGCAUUUUCAAUUCAGCGCGAGAAUCCCACCAAUUAUUAUGCGUCCGGGCGCCAAUCCGAUUCCUGUGGAUGAAGCAAACAAAGACGAUAUCAAGGCGAUAUACGCGACGAGGCUCAUCACAUUUAUCCUCGUCGAUAACGACGGCAAUGUUAAAUUUAUUGAAAAAGAUAUUUACCAACUACGCGGCUCAGAUGUCCUCAAGGCUGAUAGCCAGCGCUCUUUGUUCUUCGACAACGACCACGGUCAAUCUAAAUAA